AUGCACCAUGUCGCAGCAGCGGUGGUGAAUACGACGAUUGAAAACGGUUCAGUGGUAUGAUUGAGAAUAGUAGGAACUACCGGCCAAAUGACAGAGCGACAUGAGAACAUAUUUAUCUCGGAAAACCUCCGAAAGUGGUGUAAAAAUAAAAGAAGACAUUUUAUAAAACAAAAGAAUUUAUUCAGGGCAUAGUAAAAGACUUAUACUCGAAUUCCUUCCUUGUUAAACUGAAAGUGGUGUUUGAAAUUGGGAGAGUUUAAAGGUCUAGCAGCGCUCUAACUAUAACUUGCCCUAGCAAAUACUUUCACUAACCUGAAGUUCCUAGGGAACAACGACUGGUAGAAGGUGACUUCUAGGAUCCCAACUUCUAGCGAAUCAGCAGUUCUAGGCAGAAUAAUAGACAGAAGUCUGACGUGCUAAACGUCAGCAAUUCGAGGCUAAAAACUCGGAAUUCUUCUGGUUUUCUUCAACUGGCCUAAAAACGCCGGAACCCAAAAAGGAGACGUCGAUUUAAAGGAGCGACACACAAACUACUGUAGGCGCUACGAGACCCUCGCGGUUGUUUGAAUAUUUAUUAUUUCUCUCUUCUUUUUCUUUCUCUUUUCAGCCUUGUUCGCAGCGUCCGCGACAGUAGUUGAACUACAAAAAAGGUCAGAAUCGUGAUCUACAGUAGUCUAAACUACAGUACUGCUAAAUAUUUUUAGGCUACAGUAACCCGGACUAAAUACAAAUCAAUUGUGAUCUACAGUACCCCCUGAACUACAGUAAUCUUGAACAUUUUCAGAUUAAUUUAUAUUCUGGAGCAUCCCGAACUACAAAUUUUUAGAUCUACUGUAGUCUAAACUACAGUACUCCUGGAAACUUUUAAGCUACAGUACCCGGACUAAAUACAAUGAAUCAAUUGUGAUCUACAGUACCCCCUGAACUACAGUAGUCUUGAACAUUUUCAGGUUUAUUUAUAAUCUGGAGAAUCCCGAACUACAAGGCUACAGUACUCCUAGAUACUUGGAGCCCAGAAGCUACAGUAACCCAAGAAUUUAGAUCUACAGUACCCCGCUUCCCUACAGUACUCACACAAUUCGCCAUAAUCAUCGAAAAAGAUAUAGAAAUUGCACUUUGAAUUAUUAUUUCUGUUAUUACUUCUUUCCACCCCGACAUUUUCUAAAAAUGCCCCAAUUUUUCUGGAUUUUUUGAGUUUUUUUUUGAGUCACGUGACCCAGAAACAAAAUAUUUUGCAAUCUGCGAAAAAAAAACACAAAAAAAAAGAAAAAUGGCUCAUUUUUAGGAAAUUGAAAUUCCAAGUGAAACAAAUGUUAAACACAAAAAUAAUAUCAAUAUUUGUAAUAAUUCAAAGUCUAAUUUCUAUAUCUUGUUGGAUGAUUUUGGUCGCAAAUUGUGUGAGUACUGUAGGGGGAGUACUGUAGAAAAAUACGGUAGAAAAGUUUUGCAGUUCGGGUUACUGUGGUUUCAGCUAUGUACUUAGGGUUACUGUAACUUGUUGGGCUAACCUUCAAUUUUGCAGUUCGGAAUACUGUAACUUUCCUACAAAAAAAUCUUAUAGGAGUUUUGCAGUUCGGGGUACUGUAGAUUUGUAGUUCGGAGGCUACUAUAGAAUUUUAGUUGGAUUACUGUAGGUUAUCUACACUUUUUUGCAGUUCGGAAUACUGUAGUUACGGCGAUACCCUUGCAGUCUGAGUUACUAACAUUCCAGUCAUAAUUUCCAAGGGUUACUGUAGAUUUGCAGUUCGAGAGUACUGUACUUCGAAUUUGGAGAAGAAAAUAUAGACCACGGUUUUCGCAGUUCGGGAUACUGUAGUUUAGUAUAUACAUUUAUACAUUUGCAGUUUGGGAUACUGUAACUCUGAUUUUUGUAGCUAGUGUUUUUUUGUAGGUUAUCCAAUUAGAAAUCUGAAUUUUGCAGUUCGGGUUACUGUACUUCCAUACAACUCACCGGUUAUUUGCAGUCCGGGAGUACUGUAGUUAAGGCAGUAUAAAUUUGCAGUUUGCUGUAUACUGUAAUUAGGAAGGUAAAAACUUUGCAGUUCGGGAGUACUGUAAUUUCUCUGAGCUUCUAUUCUUUUGCAGUUUGGGUUACUGUCUUUUUUUUGGUAAUUUAAUUUUUUGCAGUUCGGGGUACUGUAGAACAAUACACUUUUUGAUGGAUUUUCUAGUUUAUACAAGUAUUUUGCAGUUCGGGAUGACUAGAUUUUUGUAGUUUGGGAUACGGUAGCGCAUAUGAUUUGUAUUUUUUACAAAAAAAUAGGUACAGUAACCCAUUUUUUUCCAGACAAAAAAGCGAAAAAGUGAUCGAGCAGCCGAAGAGCCGAUAAAACCGAAAAAGCCGCCGAAAAAGCACAAAAAACACCAUCACCACCACUCGAAAAAAAGAAAAACCUCCUCAAAUGAUCUCCAGCCAUCUCCCGAUUUUCCGGUGUCAACUGUCGAAUUUCUGAGAAAAAACAGUCCACAAAAACCGCGACGUCGGCGACCAUCGCGACGUCCACACAGCAAGAAAAUCGCCGCCGCGACAAAUUCGCUGCAACGAACUGCGAUCGAGGGAAGAACAUCGACGUGUCGAACUGCAAUACCAAAGACAAUGUCAAAUAACGCGAAGAUGGUGCGAUUCAUAUCGACGCGAACAGCUGAUGAAACACAAUCGAUGGCUGUGGUGGAGAAUAAUGGAGUGGAUGAUGAUUGGAAUAAAAAUCCACCGGUGAGAAGGAAAUCGGAAACUGUUAUUGAGGACAGUGAAAGUAUUCGGAUUCCACCAAAAAAAUGA